AUGGCGACUCUUGCCAAAUUAUCGGCUCUUACUCCACUUUAUAAUAUUUGUGAUCAAGUUUUGAAAACUGAUUUUUUGCUUGAAUUCAAAGCUAAUCAAUAUUUUUUGAAUGCAGUCUUUUCCUCGGCGAAAUUUCUGGCUAAGGAGAUAUUGUUUCAGUUUAUUCGCUUGCAUGACGGACCUGUUUUGGACUUUACUGGAGAGUUCAUGAGUAAUAUGACGAAGGGACGUGAUUAUGUUCAUGCGUGUAUUGAUAUAUCUACUGUGCUAGCAGAGGCGAAUUAUAUUCGUAAUUGCAAAUUUUUGCUAGAUGUGUUGGGUACGACUUCUGUUAGCAAAAGAAAUUACGAAUCUCUAAAGAGUUUUCAAUGUGAACCUGAUGAGUAUGUGUACAAAGAACCAUUGCAUUGCAAAAAAACUGCAUCUGUGAUGUUAUUUAAUUGUGUCGCAAAUUUUAUGCCAUUGAAACAGUUGGGGGUAUUGAUGAGAGUGAAAGGUGUGACUCGAGCAUAUGGGUAUUGUUUGUUCGAUCUGACGAUUUUUGUUGAGAAUUAUUCUGAGAUCACUCUGUUGGGUAUUAGAGUGGCUUUUAUGAAGGAGAGAAAUAGUCCGAAUUUUACCACGGUUGAUGCUGAGAAGAACUAUAUUUGGUUUUUGUGUGGUCCGGCUGCAGAUUAUCAAUUUUGUUAUUCUUAUAGUGCUUAUAAACGAUUUUUGACAGCGAAUUAUAUUCAAGUCAGUGAUCAAAUUUUUAUGAUUGAAAAUUGGCAGACUAAUGGUUCUUUUCAUUUUUUUAAAAUUUUAUUUGUUGGUACUAUCGAUAUGUUGCCCAAUCCGUCAGAAAUUUUGUUGCAUGCUCAUUGGAAAGAUUUGAACGAGGAGUAUCUUGUGUUAAAUCGUUUGAAAUCGACCAAUCGUAAACUUCGUGAUAGAAAAACCUAUCAAUCUGAAAGAUUUUUUGUUAGAAAGAAAAUGAUCAUGCAAACUGUUUGUUAUAUUAACGGUUUGAAAGAGAAUGAUUUGAACUAUACGAUUGUUUAUCGAUAUUUGCGUGUUUUGAAUAGUAAAGUGAUUAUCGAUGGUAUUUCCAUUAUUAUGCCUAGAUCGUUGUCUUCCGAUGAAUUGUUAGCUGUUGCUGUUACUAUAUUUCGAUUUUGUUUUCGCAUGCGUUUUGAUGAAAACGUUAUUGCCAGCAAAUUGAUUGAGCAGAUUAAAAAAGGUGACGUAUUUGCUGAAGCGGGAUUGUUAAAGAUGGUGUUAACUGUGGCUGUUGAUGCUGUAACUGGUAUUAUUGAUAAAUUUUAUGAUUCUACGUUCGGUGAAUUGCAACGUAUAAUAUGUGAAAAACGUUCUACUGAAAAAUUGCCUUUUGUGAUAGCUGAGGCACCACAUUUUGUGACUUUUUGGGAUGUGAUUAAUAGAGAAAUGCAAUACGAUAAGAGUGCAUGUCUUGUCGUAGUCGAUUUUAAUGAUCAAUAUCCGGGAGCUAACUGUUUUUUCUCUGCACAUGCUAGAAUGUUGAUGAGAGUUCAUGAUUCUUUGGGGCAAAAGGGGAAUGCAGAUUAUGUUCGUCAUUUGGUUAGUGUUUUACAAUCAAUGAUAGAAAAGGAAAUAAAUGAAGAAUUGUUGGAAGUUCCAUUUUUGAUGACGGCUUUUAUUGUUUAUGCUGUGAUCAUUUUGAAGAAGAAUUUCAAUGAUUUUUAG